GCACACAACCAAAACUUGAUGGGCCCGUGCGAGGAAGGCUGAGAAGUCCUGAGUUCCGUUCUUUACUUUUUAUACAGAUAGAUCUAUAACUUCAUGGGGAAUGGGAAGUUUGGCGGCCAUUUCUACCCAGGUUUAUACAUUUUCUUCUAUGGACUGUAUCAGGCAACCCUGCUCUCCAAGGCCAUGGUAGUCAGUGACUCUCCCGUGUGUGUGUCCUACCUUCCUAAGAAUAAAAACAGAUGUUCCAAGCUGAGAAUAUCUUAUGGAGGCUUGCUGAAGAUAGUGACGGGUUCCCUCUUAACGUCUUAUGUGGUCUUUUGUCUUGAUGAUGGGAUGGUGUUGAUCAACAAAGAGAUGCCUCCAAGGUUUAUGUACCCUCAAGAGUGGCAGCACCUCACCAUGUUCAUCCUCCUCACCCUUGAUGGCUGUGUAGACGUCAUGAGCAAGAGUGCGCUGAGGCAGAGGUUGGUGCUUCUCGAAAGAGGCGCCACCACGCUGGGCAUCUACGUGCUCCUGCUGCUGCUGGUGUCUCAUGUUCAGGUCUCGUCAAAGGUGGAGCUGCAGGUUCACUCUCUCCUCAUCUUGGUGGUGUUCCUGCUGAUGCUGGUGUUGACCGCCGAGCUGUGGGCUCCUGAGAUGGUCCACCUCUGGGUGAUAGAGACCUUUCUGUUCCUGACGAUGGGCUCAUGGCUGAUGCAGGCAGCCUUCAUUCUGUUUAGACCAGUCUCCGGCUUCCCGUGGAAGGAUGAUGACAUCAGUGACAUCAUGUUUGUCACCACGUUCUUCUGCUGGCACGUGAUGAUCAACGCCUUAUGCAUGCUGGGAAUCUAUGGCAUCUCUUCCUUUUGGCACCGUUGUUACAGACCCGGCUUGAGGAUGAUGGGGUCCAAGGAAGCGCUGUAUCACAAGAGCUCUGAAGGAAGCUUCUACAAGCUGCUGCAGGAGUCAGAGCAGCAGGACAGAGAUGACCAGGCUCCUCUCCUUUCAAAGAGCUCUCCGUGAUUCAGGGCCUAGAGUACCUGGACAUAUGCACCACUCUGUCUUCCUCCUGUGGGCAUUAUCUAUGUACCCUUUGUUCCUUGGUGAAGGUAAUUGCUCUGAAGGAUGGUAGUUGGUCCCAACUGUUACGCCGGUCAUUGACCCUAUAACUGUUAAAGACAUAAAAGGGUGACCUGGAAAAGUGACAUAGUCUAGGUUAGGCUAGUCAGGAGGAGUGAGAGAGGACAGGAGUAUUGAGAAGAGUAGGCUAUAAGAACUACCCACCAUGGGAAGAUAACGGCAGGGAACUUCUGAAGAGAGGGGCAGAGUUCAUCAGGGAUUCCAGCUCUAAUGCAGCUCUAAGUUAGCCAAGGAAUGUGACAGCAGUGGGUGUCCCUGUUGGCCAACUAAAGUGGAGAUGCUCUGUGGAGACAGCAUGACAUAUAGUACAAUUCACUACUCCAUUUGGAUGGAAUUACAAGAAUUGACAUAUGAUUUAUGAUACAUGUGUAUCAUUUAAUGUGGGUACAGCAGCAUUGUUUCAAAAACAAGUAAUGGAUACUUCUGUAUCUUAAGUUUCCAUGAACCAAUUUCUCAUGACCCCUUUACCAUACUUAUUCCCAACCCCAAAUCAGACCAAAGCAAAGUGCUUAGUGGUUCAUUCACUGCCAGCUCCACCAGAGCUUACUAGGAUGUAAUUCACUAUGCCUCACACGUGAGUCUUCCCAACGACUGAACGUGUUGUUGGUUACAUUUUUACCACAGCUCUUCUAUACUGUCCAACACAGAAUAGUAUACGAUCUUAUACAAGAAUCAACUUCUCCUAUACUGUUACGAUCAAAAUGGUCCCUUCCACCAAAUUCUCAUACUCCCUUGAUCUGGGUCCCCGUAGCACCUCUCCUACAUCCAUGUCACAUGCUGUAAACACAUUCUCCCCUGUCUUUCUCUUGGGAAGGUUUUGUCUCAUCACCUAAAAUGUGGCCCCUUACAAGUAAGCAACAUACUGAUAUAAAUAGCUUAUUGUUGCCCAACUUCUUUUGCAUGUUUUGGAGUCAUAUGCUAUUACCUGAUAGGGGAAUGAUUUGGGUGGAAGAAGGAACAUGAGAGAGGCAGGAGGAGAGAUGGGGGCGUGAUGAGGGGGUAAUUAUAAGCAAAGUACAAUGAUAUUUCUAUAUGAGAACUUUAUACUGUAACCGUUAUUUUCUAUGCCAACUAAAAAAUUAAUUUAAAAACAUAUUUCAUAUAUAGUUUGUGCUUAAUAAAGUUUACUUCUAGGGCUUCCUUUUCUUUCCCUUCUAAGUGAAAUGUCUGACUACUCUGUGAACUCAAACGAUGUAAAUAAAUCAUGGGCUUCCUUGUUUGUAUGUAAAA